AUGGCUUCAUUCGAGACUUCGCAGUCUUGGCUGCCUAAGCGACAACGCGCUGAUAGCGGGGAUGACGCCCAGUCCUUGCAGUACGAUGAUUACACAGUCGGGUGGAUCUCCGCUCUUCCGCUUGAGAUGACAGCUGCUCAAGCUAUGUUAGAUCAUGGACAUGAGCCACUUCGCCAGCAUCCACAAGACAGCAACUGUUACGAAUUCGGAAGCAUCAAUGGUCAUAAUGUGGUUAUCGCUUGUCUACCCAAAGCACAGUACGGCAACAACAACGCUGCCAUUGUUGCGAAUAAUAUGCAUAGGACUUUUCCUCACCUCCAACAUCGUCUGUUGGUCGGUAUCGCGGGUGGGGCACCCGGAGCAGUUGACGUACGCCUCGGAGAUGUCGUGGUCAGCACGGAUGCCAUACAAUAUGAUCUGGGGAAAGCCUUGCCCGACAAUCACUUUCAGCGAAUUGCGAAAGCCAUCAGUCCUCCCCAGGCAUUACUGACAGUCGUUUCAAAGCUUGAGGCCAGCCAUAUAGGAGGACAAAGUCGAAUGCCCGAGAUUCUGGCCGAGAAUGUGGCUCGCCUCCCUCAUUACUCCCAUCCAAUGGUUGAAGAUCGUCUCUUCCACCAUGAGUGCCCUCAUAACUCCUCAGAUUCGAACUGUGAUAGCUGUAACAUAUCACAGCUUAUAAUCAGGAGGGCUCGCCAACAACCCAACCCCGUCAUCCACUACGGCCGUAUUGCGUCAGGGAACCAAGUCAUUAAGGAUGCACUUACUCGAGACAAAAUAUCCAAAGAGACUAAUAGCAUUUGCUUUGAGAUGGAGGCAGCAGGCGUCAUGGAUGCAUUUCCUUGUCUUGUGAUCCGCGGUAUAUGCGACUACUCGGAUUCUCACAAAAAUAAGGGAUGGCAGGAAUACGCAGCUUUGAUAGCCGCAGCGUAUGCUAAAAAACUUCUGAUGUCGAUGCCUCCUGCACUAUUGCAGUCACGGAAGCAAGUGAGGGUACAGAAACACAAAGUCUCAGAGCCUAUCAGUCCUGACGCAUAUGAAUGCCUGCAGGCAAUGUUUGUCACAGAUUCUUCCCUGGAUCGCGAGGGCAUUAUUGAUGCAAAAGGCGAUAUCUGUGAGGGAACAUGUGAGUGGAUCUUAUCCACCGAGGAAUUCCAGGCUUGGGACCAGAAUCCCCCUCACCUGCUAUGGAUAUCCGCUCCACCAGGCAUGGGCAAGACGUUCAUGGCUAUUUUUCUUUCUAAAUACCUUGAGGCUCUUUCUGAAAACUUGUCUGGUGUCGCCACGAUUUUCUUCUUCUGCGACAAUAAGGUCGAUACAAGAAACACGGCAGUGAGCAUUCUUAGAGGCCUCAUGUAUCAACUAAUCUCACGACAACCACACCUCGUCAAUGAAAUUAUACCGCAGUGGAAACAAAAACUUCGGGGCAUCUUCCAAGAGAGCUCAUUUGGUGCCUUGUGGAAACUUUUCGAAGAGAUGAUCACCGAAUCAAACUUCAGGACGAUCUACUGCAUCGUCGAUGGCCUGGAUGAAUGCGAACCCAAUUCCCUAUCUCUUCUGCUCCGAAAGCUCGAGAGACUUAGUCGAGGCAGCCUAGGCUCAUCCAUCAAAAUGAAGCUCAUAUGCCUCAGCAGGAAAUACCCGGAAAACAUCCCUGAGGCUCUUUUGUUAUUCACAAAGAUGGAACUUGAUACGAUGACAGCCAGAAAAGUCGACAUCAGCUGCUUCAUCUCGUCCCAAGUCCAAGAACUCGUUCAGAAGAAAAGUCUCAGUGGGAAAAUGCGAUCUCAUUUGGAAAAAACCUUCCAUAAAAAAUCUGAGGAGACAUUCCUAUGGAUCAGUUUCAUGUCUCAAGACUUGCAGCAACAGAGAUCCCUUGAUUUUGAAGCCUGUCUUGAUUCGCUCCCGACUGGAUUGGAUGCAGUUUAUGAGAGGAUUCUGGAGAAUGUCGACUUCAGAAAACUUGAAACGAUUCGCAGCAUCCUUUAUUGGAUUCUUGUCGCCAAACGCCCUUUUACAAUAUCUGAGCUAUGUGAGGCAGCGGAUAUAAAACCUACAGGCUUCUUGACACACGAAGAAGUCUGCAUUGAGCUAAUCAAGUCUUGUGGCCAUCUGCUUCAAAUAGUAGAUAAAUACAUGAGAACGUCUGUUCAACGGACAGUAACGUUUUUGCAUCAAAGCGCAAAGGAUUACCUGAUGAAGUUCGACCCCCGGUUUGGCUCACAGAUACGAGGACUCGCACAGCCUCAGCUCCACGAACACGCUACAAUUACUUUGAUCCAGUAUCUCGAAAAGAUCAAUUCUCAAUACGGAAGUAAAGAAGGAGCCUUAUAUAAUAUAGCAAAAGAUUUCCCAUUGGUAUAUUAUGCUGUCGAGGAAUGGAGCUUUCACUUUAGGGAAUUAGAGGAUAUUUCUCAGGUUAUGCGGCAAGGCGUCAGUUUCUUUGAAAAGGAUUCAAAGGCCAGAUACAUGUGGCAAAAUCUUGAUGAUCUCCCCGAAGUGCAUUAUGACUUUGAGCCCGUACCGUUACUUCAUUUAUCUGUCUUGUUAGACCUGGAUAGUUUGGCAGAGUGGUGUCUGGGAAAUGAUGGAGAACACGAUGUGGAAACCAAGUGGGGUGUUAGGGAACGCACAGCUCUUGUCCUUGCUUGCGAACAGCGUCAAGAGCAUAUUGUUUCGUUGCUCCUUGACGCAGGCGCCAUUCCCCUUGCCGACAUAUAUUCCGAAAGUGCUCUUGACAUGGCUUUAUCGUUCUGCAACAGACGGAUCUUGCACCUUAUGGCACAAACAGAACCUUGCAGGGAGUUCUUAAUUGCAAAUGCAGCUAACCAAGAUGGCGCCCUGAUCUAUGUAGCUGCCAAGGACGGAAAUGAGGAUGCAUGCCGCUUUUUAGUUGAGGACUUUGGCUGGGAUCUAAAGUGGCAAAGCGGAAGUGUUGGUCACAAAGCCCUAGCAUGUGCCCUAUCGAGUGGAAAUCUCAAACUCAUAAGCUGCUUUAUCAGAGAGUGGCAUGUUCCUAUUAGGAAUCACUCUGGUGUCCUGAAAGAGAUGUGUACCUCUAUGGUCUUUCAGAUCAAAUUCGAACAGGCCAUACGGUUCCUGGUGGAUGAUUGCUCUAUUGAUAUCAAUAUCACAGACGCAGAAGGCCAUAAUGCCUUAUUCUUCAUAUUCCAAGACAAGUACAGGACAUUCUCACCUAUUUUCAUGAUCAGAACACUAUUAGAAUUUGGCUGCAGUCCUGGCCAGCUCGACCGCUUUGGCCGAGCCCCAAUGCACUAUCUCGUUAUGGCUGGCACAGAAAAUGAUUUAGCAGACUUCUCGAACAUCAUGGACGUUCUAGUCGGUAUGAGCCAAUAUGAUGUCAACCAAGUGUGCUUAAAAGGGCAGACAAUACUGCAUUAUCUCAUUGAGCGCUUAGUAAAUCUGCAACCUGAUCAGUGCGUUGGUGUCAGUUUUCUGGAAUUUUUGAGUAUGGCGCCAGGAAUAGCAAAAGCAAUACUGAACUUGGGUGUUGAUCGGCAUAUCCAAAACAGCAAAGGAUUUACAAGCCUGCAAGUGAUGCGGGCUGCACUCGGCCAAUGCGAAAGGAAGAUUACAAGGCGACUGAGAGAAUACAUGGAAGCCGUGAAUAAUGUUACGAUAGUACUCGGAAGCUACUGUACCGUUCCUAAACACUAG